AUGUCUGCAGAUAUAACUCUAAGUCAGGUUAUGGGGACCCUGGAGAGUAGAAAGGGAGAUUUCACGAAGUCUUUGAAAGAUCUCAAUGACAUGUUUUAUCCCCAUAAGGCUGCUAAUAUCGGCCAGCACAUCAAUGGACAACUUCAAAGCAAGACAUACGACAAAUUAUUCGAGAUUUUAUUCGAAAUUGUCAUUGAGGAGAAACGAAAAUAUUUAGGCAAGUCGAAAAGGCCAACAGUGAAAGUAUCGGUCACUAGGCUGGAAUUAUGUGCUAAGGCCAUAAAUUACAUCGUGACUGCUGGAGUACACAGGUUCGAGAAAACGACUGUCAACGCUCUGAUUGAGCAUAUUCUUGAUACGAUCCCGAUAUCAACAAGAGAUUACUGUCAGCCGAUAUUAAGUGACUAUCUCAAAGCACUGGGCUGUUUGCUUGGGCAACCAGCAAUUGUAGCAAGCCUCAAGAAUCUUCGGGUCGAACUCAUCGACCUUUCCAUCGUGGGUAUCGAAUCGUACCUCGGAGAUACUGGUGAAGAUCUUUCACAGUCUGGCAAUGGGGCUGGUCACCCAUCACUGCCUAGGUCUUCCUCUGGGCUUGGAAGUAUACCAAGGGUACAAAGUUCGGUAUCUCAGCACAACGUAGAAGACCUUUGCCAAAUCCUCUUCUCGCUUCUCUAUUCUACCAAUAAUCCUUCAUUUCCAAUUGUUGAGAGAGUGGCCGCCGUAAUCAUGCGCUUGCUGCAGUACCAUAUUUCGAGUGUAAGCAAGCUACAUCAAGUAGCAUUUUCAGUCCUUAAUAUCGUUUUAUCAUGUUUCGGUGAAGAUCACACCUCAUUUUCGUUUUCAAUUGGCCGAGAGUUGCUUCCUUUGAUAUGUCGAUUUUGGCAAGUUAAAGCACUGCACAAAGACGAAAUGGUUAACUCUGUUCGAGAUGAAAUGCUGAUUAGUUUGUACUACACUCAUCUACACCUGGAGAGCAAUAUCAUAAACGAUGAUGAUGUCGAGCUUCAUAGUGAUUUGAAUGAUUUACUUGACGCCUUAAGAGCAGAUUACUUUCGGCGAACAGACAAUGAUCAGCUUCAAUUGGACGAUGUGGAGAUUCUAAAUUUGAAUACCCGAAAGAUAAGCUGCGAUCCUUUUCGUCUACAUUGCUUCCGACUGAAAUCUCACAAUAAUCGCACGGCCGAGCGUAAUUGGGCAAACCUACUCGCUCUGGCCGUCCUAGAACGAUUGGUGAGAGUCAAAGAGCACGUGCUUCAAGUGAAACCCAAAUCAGGAGGUGACUUAGAUAACCAUCCACGAAAGCGUCAACGUAUCUCGCAAUCGUCUGAAAGACUACUUGAACCUCUCAAGUCCGGCGAUCAGAAAGUACUAUUGGCCGGUUUGCAAUUAAUUCCAUUCCAUUUUGCUUUGGACAAGCGUGGUAACAUUGCAUCAUGGGCAUUACUUGGUAUAGCAAGUUGUACUUAUCAGGUAUGUGCUGCGGACGGAUCAUCAAUAGACUGGAAACAGCACUGGUAUAAUGGAGCUAAAGCGCUCACUUUUGCGGGGACCUGUCGUGCUGCUGCUCUAGCACUCCAUACAAUACAUGCCAAAUGCCUCUUAGAUUAUCGUGAUAUUGAAGACAGUGUGAACGCCAUCAUCACCACGGCUGAUAUCAGUGGCCCGCCAGUCCUCUGUGACUCGUCGAUUUUCCUGAUUAAUCACUUGUUACAAGUUAAGGUUAAUGAAGCUCCUGGCGCGAGCCUGGCUGCCUGCCAGCAUGUGAUCCGUUGGCUUUUCGGAAGAUGGAAUCCAGCUGACAGAUUAUUUAUUGUUCAAUAUGGGAAACAUUUACACCCUUUUAGCAUCAUUGCAUUGAUAAGAACGAGCCUUGGCCUACCGGGAUUGUCUGAUGAAUCAAAUAGUCGCCAAAUAGGAGGUGCGCUGUUUCAAGCAUGGCAACAACACUUAGAUAAAGAAAAGGUUCUUCGUUAUCUCUUACUACUUGAUGCCGAUGAACCCGUCGAAGCAGAUUUCACCUGCCAACACUGCCCGAAGUCUACGGCUGAUGAUGAUGUUAUCUUUCGAUUGGAUAGUGCUCACUUUAGUUCUACCCAGAGAAUGAUACUCGAGUUCUUGUCAUCAAAGUGUAGCGAGCUUCUACUAUCUUGGAGAAGCUUCAAUACGGAAAGAUCGCAGGUUUCAACUGAUAUGUAUCGAGGCUCACUAAAUACAUGUAUCACGAGUCUUCAUUUACUACCACAUUUUGCCAACGCUAAUUUAGAGCAACUAUCUCUUCUAAGGAAUGACCUCCGGGACUUGAGCGAUGAGUUAUUGGAAUACCUCAGACGAUCAGAUGCUAAAGACUUUCACGCCACCAAAGAGUUUGUCCAUACUAUCUUGCAAACAAUCCAACCCCAUCUACCUCCUUGCGAUACUGCUCAAUUCAAGCAUGUCGCAGAGCACAAAUCUCAACUGCUGCAGUUUCUAUCCCAUAUCUCGGGAUAUAUCAAAAGUCGCCGUUUAGCCGAAGAGUCAAUUCCAGAGCGUGAUGAUGAUCCCAUGGAUAUCGACGAUGAGAUUUCUAGCCAGAGAAGUCACUUGUCAACGGAAGCACAAAAAUUGAACAUUCCUAGGCGAGCCAUGGCGCUGGAAAUGAGUUCUUCGUCCUUUUAUAUAGAUACAAUAGGUCGACUGAUGUUGGCCGCCGACCUGAACGAGUCUUCUGAAAGCUGUGCGGUAUCAAAUUCUUUUGUUGAAGAGCUGGUCUCUAUGAAGGAUGAAGAACUACUCUCGUGUCGUCCACUUAUGCGCAGUAUGCUUGAGUCAGAUCUCAUUCUGAAUGAGACAGAUGCAUAUCGCAUAUUCGAGCGCGUGGGACAAAUUCUUUCAUCAGAUGAUUUCCUUGCCAGCGAAGUUGCAAUGUGCGCAUGCUUGGACGUAAUGAUAGGACUUUUACCUUUUUGGUCAAUGGAAGAGCAGAAUUCUUUUGUGAAUCACGCUAAGCAAUUGUAUGAUUGGUUUAUACUUCGGAUCCGGCGAAACGCCGAUUCCACAAUCGUGCAGCUAGGCAUUGUGAAUCUGCUAUUACAACUACUGCGAGCAAAUCAAAACUAUGGAAAUGCCCCUUCUCAGCCCUCACCGCGUACAAGCCUAUUGGAGCUCCUAGAGAAAGGCAAUACUGCUACUAAAUUCUUCAUUGGCGACCAGAUUUCGACAAUAUUCGAACUCUUUACGCUGAAGGAGCAUGACAAAAUCUUUGUAGAUGUGCUUGCACUUUUACCUUCUGCACCAGAAUUGUGGGAAAGUAUCGCGUUUCGACUUUACGUCCUGGCAAAACUAGCUUCUCGUUGGUCAACUCUUCUGCGAAGAUGCAUUUAUCAUAUUUUCGAAAUUCCGGGUAGAAUUCCAGGUACUAUUCGACAUGCUACUCGGUGCUUGUUCGAUGUUACUUCUGCACUCGCAGUAGACUGUCCGCAGGAGCUCUUCGCAUUGUUUGCGCCUCAAAUACUCUAUACUUGGCUCGAGGCAGAGGCAAUAGAGGACAUACCAUACCAAAUCUUUGGCUUCGCCGCUCUCGGCGACUUAUUGGCAUCCGUUCAGGAAGAGGUUUCCGCUUUGAUAAUGAUGCGGGGUGAUGAUGCUCAACUAGAACACCUCGCUGAAUUGUUGAAGAUUCCUGUUGUCAAAUUGCUUGAGAAAUGCUUUGCCAAAGUCACGGCAUACUGUAUUGCUAACGAGAUAAGCAUAUCACCUUCGAGUGGCAAGAAACAUAAAGGUGAGCAUCGGCUGAAAACCUGCCUCGGUGAGGAACUGUACCUGGAAUGCGUCAAUCUGCAUUUCACAGAUAUACUUGCAACCCUGUUUAAUGUUAUAGAUCAAGAGCAACAUGUGGAAAAGUCAUUUGCAAAAGAGGAGAGCUUAGGAUAUGCCGCAAAAAUUAUGGGAGAGAUCAAAUCUCUGAGCUCGUCUGAGAUGAUCUUGCCUCCCAAUCAGCAACCUGCAUUCAAGGCAAAGUACCUCUUUCACGAAAUCAAACUCUUGUGUAAGAGAACAGUGCAUGAGGCAGGCGAUCUAUACACCCCAAGCUUAGUAGCUUUCAUUGCUAGAAGACUACUGAAGACUAUUCACCCUGCACUUGGUUCGCUACAUGCUUGCUCGGUGUUGCGAAAGCUUCGUGUUCUUAUCUCGCUUGCCGGAAACGCUGUAACUGAAGGUUAUCCUCUAGAAAUGCUUCUAAGAUCCAUAAGGCCCUUUCUCAAGGAUCCUGAAUGUGCUGAUGAUGCUAUUGGCAUUCUACAAUAUCUGCUGAGUCAUGGUUCUGAGUAUCUAAAGCUGUCCCCAUCUUUUGUUGCAAGUAUUACCCUUUCAAUACUCGGAUCUCUGCGCGUAUUCAUGCAGGAGCGUAGAUCUAGCACAACCCAAGAAAGUCAACACCAAGCGACAAUGUCCAAAGCCCAGAAAUUUCACCUCUGGGUUGGGAAGUAUGCCUCACGUUAUGAAUCUCCUGUUCUGGCGGGGUCUCUGAGUUCGAGUUUCAAAGCUCUCGUUGCCUCUGCCCAGGAGGUUCGAGCAAUUGGAAAUGCUGAAAGGGGAACAAUAGAGAGUACACUACUUGACCGGCUACUAGAGGACGAAAAAAAUGGAGGCGCGUUACUGACUCUGCCUGCUCGGAAGCUCGCGCUCAGUAUGCUAUGCUCCGAGUUUGAAUGCCCUGCCUCCUACCGGAGUGAUAUAUACGGUGAGGAUGCAGCUGCUGAAGGAAUGGCUGCUGUUGUAUGGAAGUCCUGCAAAGGGAAUUCUUCCAACAAACAAUAUAUGUCUUGGGCUGCGCGGGUUCUCGGAAGAGCCUUCGCGGCUACUGGGCAUGUGCAUCAGGAGCUUUUGCAAGAAUCCACUUUGUCAAAAAUCAAGGAACUGAAAAUAUCAUCCAAAGUCAGUUCUUCCUCAAGAGCAUGCAUAUUGAGUCUUUUACAAUCGUUGAUCUUGGGGGAUAAUGGUUCGACGGUGGGAAUUGUCGAAACAGCUUUGCGUAUCAUUGUUACAACUUCAGACGCGCAUAUUUUGGAGAUUGGCCGUCAAAUUCUAUCGCCCCAGUAUUUGAAGCAUGAUAAGGAUAGCUUAAGGAAACAUCUCGAGGCAGAUUGCAUUCUUUCUCCUAAUUGGUUAAGAGAUCUCUCUAUUGCAUUGGUCAGAGCUGUCCCUAAAGAUCCCAUACUGUGCGCCUUAGCACCAGUUCUUCGAAACGUGCCAGACUUUGCCAAUCAAGCAUUUCCGUUCAUCCUUCACCUCGUGCUCUCUACAGAUUCGCCUGCACAAAAGAACAACCGUAAUCAAAUAUCUAAUGCAUUUGCGGUGUGGUUCUCCAGAGGACAAUCCGUCGAAAGGAACAAUCUAAAGGCUAUAAUUAAUUCGAUUUUGUACUUACGGACGCAACCUCUGCCUCACGAGAAGUCUUCAGCGGAUCGUCUGCAUUGGCUGGAUCUUGACUACCUCAAAGUCGCCACAGCCGUCAUACAUUGUGGAAUGUUUAAAACGGCUUUGAUAUUUGUUGAAGAACACCAUUUGAUCCCAGUAAAAUCUUCUAGACGGUCUUCGACGACCAAAGAUGGCGGUGAGACCCCCGAGAUACCCACAGACUUACUUCUCGCAAUCUUUGAAAACAUUGAUGAUCCAGAUCUAUAUUACGGAGUGCAGCAAACAGCUAGUUUAAGCACCAUAUUAGCGAGACUGGAAUAUGAGAAAGAUGGGCCCAAAAGUCUUGCUUUUAGAGGUGCGCAAUAUGACAGCCAUGUUAAGCAGCGAGAUCCUAGAGCUGCCCGGGAUGCGCAGUCUCUUGUUAGUGCAUUAGACAUGCUUAGCCUAAGUGGUCUUUCUCACUCUCUGUUACAAGCACAGCAGGGUUCUGGAAUAGCUGGCACAUCUUUAGAUUCUAUGUUUCGCACCGCACGUAAACUAGAACAAUGGGAUAUUCCUGUUCCUACCAGCGAUAAUCACUCAGUCACUCUCUAUAAGGCUUUCCAAUCGGCUCAUGUUGCUACAGCCCGUGGAUCUUUCAUGAAAGUAAUUAACGAAGGACUUGAGGGGACAAUGGAACGACUCGUGCGAGAUGACCUUAGCGCCAGUGCUCUUCACGAAUCUCUUAGAACCCUAGCGGCUCUUUCCGAGAUGGAUGAAGUACUCAGCUCUCGGGGAUCCGAAGAGUUUGAACAGAUUCUGUCAAGGUUUCGGAAUCGUUCCGAAUGGAUGAAGACGGGGAGGUUUGAUGAUAUUAGUCAGUUGAUUUCUUGUCGGGGGACAACUUUAAGCACCUUAAGCCAGCAACCGCGUCUUCGAGACAUACUCAAUCUCUCCUCCAAAGAUACAAGACUAGUCGAGGUACAUGUUGCCCUCAUGGCUUCAUCACUAAAUCGUGACCACGGCGCCUUACAAGAAUCUCUAUCUCUGACAACUUCUUUGAUUGAUCUUAUCAAACCGUGUCAGUCUCUUGGUUUAAACAUUGAAGCUGCCGUUCAUAUGGAGACCGCAAAUGCCUUGUGGGAACAAGGUGAAAUGACGUCCUCAAUAGGUAUAUUACGAGCUUUGGACAAUGCAUCCUUCCUGAAAUCGCAGACUAUAUCUGUUGGUCGUCCUGAUCUCUUAUCAAAGAUUGGUUACCAAGUUUCCGAAGCCAGACUUGAGAAGCCUGAUCGAAUCAUUGAGAGAUACCUAAAACCUGCUCUCAAGGACUUGAAAGGUUCCGAUGGCUAUGAAGCUGCGAAAGUUUUCCAUCAAUUUGCCGUAUUUUGUGAUCAACAACUGCAGGACCCUGAUAGUUUGGAAGAUUUAGAGCGAAUGAAGAAGUUAAGCGAGAUGAGAUCUAACGAUGUCGCUGACUACGAGGAACUUUUGAAGAAUGCAACAUCUUCAACAGAGAGACAAAGACAUCAAAGUUAUCUCAAGAAAGCCAAGACUUGGCUCGGACUAGAUGAGCGAGAAUAUCGCCGCCAUUGCUCCAACAGGGACGAAUUUCUACGCCAAUGCCUGGAGAAUUACCUUCUCUCAUUAGCUGCUUCGGAUAAUCAUGAUAGUAAUGCGCUACGUUUCACCGCUCUAUGGCUUGAAAACUCUGCAGAGAACUUUGCCAAUGAAGCUGUAGCCAAAGUUUUACCCAAGGUGCCUAGUCGAAAAUUUGCUACGCUCAUGAACCAGCUCAGUUCUCGGUUACUCGAAAAUGACUCAAAAUUUCAGCAGCAUCUCUUCGGUCUAGUUCUACGGAUCUGUAUGGAUCAUCCAUACCACGGUAUGUACCAAAUAUAUGCUGGAUCUCACAGUCGGCCAAAUACCAAGGAUGAAGUAGCUAUCUCGAGAAAUAAAGCAACUCUCAAGGUUUCUGAGCAACUACAAAGAGCUGAGAGCUCGCGGGCAAUUUGGAAUGCGUUGAAUUAUGUUAUCCAGCCAUAUACUCAGCUUGCGGGCGAGAAAGAUGAUCAGAAGUACAAAACAGGCAAAAAGCUCUCGAUCAAAGAUUCUCCCUCGGGUUUGAGACUCAACAACAUUCUAAAGAAGUACCCAAUACCUCCUCCGACAAUACAAAUAAAUCUUCGCGCAGAUAAAGAUUAUUCUAAGGUGCCAAAAAUGGUCAAAUUCGAGUCACAGAUGAGUAUAGCAUCAGGAGUAAGUGCACCGAAAAUCAUCACUGCUGUGGCGGAUAAUGGAGUGCGAUUUAAACAAUUGGUAAAAGGUGGCAAUGAUGAUCUGCGCCAAGAUGCCAUCAUGGAACAGGUAUUUGCUCAAGUCAGUGAACUCUUGAAAACGAACAGAGCUACUCGACAAAGAAACCUCAGCAUCAGAACCUACAAAGUCCUACCAUUGACGUCCAUAGCUGGAGUCAUUGAAUUUGUGCCGAACACAAUUCCCUUGCAUGAAUAUCUCAUGCCAGCACAUGAGCGUUUCAAUCCAAAAGAUCUAAAAGGGAAUGCAUGUCGCAAAGAGAUUGGGGAAGUCCAAGGUCAACCAACAGAAGUACGAAUCAAGAAAUAUAGAUGGGUCAUCGAUCGUUUUCGUCCCGUUAUGCAUUACUUCUUUACAGAGUAUUUUAACGAUCCUGACGAAUGGUUCACCAAGCGUCUAGCAUACACUCGUAGCACAGCUGCUAUAUCGAUUCUAGGUCACGUUCUCGGAUUGGGCGACAGGCAUGGUCACAACAUUCUUCUUGAUUUUGAGAGUGGUGAAGUAGUACAUAUUGAUCUUGGUGUGGCUUUUGAAAUGGGUCGGGUUCUUCCGGUCCCAGAAUUGGUACCUUUCCGUCUCACCCGCGAUAUUGUCGACGGAAUGGGCAUAACAGAAACCGAAGGUGUAUUCAGACGCUGCUGCGAAUUCACUCUUUCCGCUUUGCGCAAGGAAGUUUAUAGUAUCAUGACUAUCCUUGAUGUUCUACGAUAUGAUCCAUUGUACAGCUGGUCUAUAUCACCCGUGCGACUUGCAAAAUUGCAGGUGGCGCAAAGUGUUGCGCCGGAACCUGGUAUGGGACAUGAGAGAGGUGGUGAAAGGUUAACUGUCAACCAACCGAGUGAAGCUGAUAAAGCUCUGACCGUGGUCAACAAGAAAUUGUCAAAAACGUUAAGUGUAGAGGCCACAGUCAAUGAUUUGAUCAAUCAAGCUAGGGAUGAGAAGAAUUUGGCAGUGUUGUAUUCAGGUUGGGCUGCAUACGCGUAG